CGUUCAGACGCGUCAGCCAGUGAGGUAGCGAGAAGUGUUGGCAGUAGGAGCAGAAUCAGCAGAAGCAGCAGCAAAAGGACGAACGAAAACAGCCAGUGAAAGUGGAGACGUGUGCGUCGCGUGUGGUGAUAUAACAACCGCUUAAUUUUUCAUUUCGUGUUUUUUUGCUGCAUAGUAAAAGUGAGACUAUUUUUCAACUGCUGUGCGGUUCGGAAAAAGGCAUUGUGGUAAUUGGGGAAAGGACGUUGAAGAAAGUAAAUUUAAUAAUAACAACAAAUUGUAUGCUGAUUAUAACUGUAGAAAUAAGCUGUAUUGUGGAUAAAAUUUGCAUAUUUGUAAAUACAUAAAAUAUUGGUUGGCAUAAGAUUUCUGUAUAACGUUCCCGAUCGAAAUUUAGCAAUUUGAAAAUUUUCGGUGUGAGAGAUGCUUGACGGCAUUGAAAUCUGAACGUUGAGCAGUUGUUUUUUUAACGUGAUAAAGUGGAGGACAAUAAUUAAAUGAAGCAACAUGGGAAAUGGUAUGAACAAGGUGUUGCCCGGUCUCUAUGUUGGGAAUUAUCGCGAUUCGAAGGAUCAACAGCAACUGGACAAGUAUCAGAUAACACACAUAAUAGCCAUACACGAUAGUCCGCGUCGCUUACUACCGGACAAACACUACCUAUGCGUGAUGGCCGCUGAUACGCCUGAUCAGAAUCUCUCGCAGUAUUUUGCUGUUUGCAACGAUUUUAUACAUGCCGCCCGUUUGCGUGAAGGCAAUGUGCUGAUCCAUUGUUUGGCCGGCAUGUCGCGUUCUGUUACGGUAGCGGUGGCGUACAUAAUGACCGCAACCAACUUGUCCUGGAAAGAAGCGUUGAAGGUAGUGCGAACUGGACGCGCGGUUGCCAAUCCGAACGUCGGUUUCCAGAACCAGCUGCAAGAGUUCGAAACGUAUCGCUUAGUGGAGGAGCGUAAGCGUUUGCGUGAGCGUUUUCCUUCAACGGCGUUGGAGCAGUUGGAUCGUUCCAAAUGUUCAGCAGCGUUGGAUAAUUAUCAAGAACUGUUACAAAAUAAGGAUAUUUGCGAGGGGAAUUGUGUGCGUGGUGAAAAAUGCCCGACAGGUGUCUGUAAUGUGGAUCCUUCAAAGGGUCUCUUCCGUCGUCGUCCCUCUACAGCCUCGAUGCGCUCUCGUCUACGUGGCCAACCUUCAACGUCGAGCGCGUCAGCAUCACCUACUUUAUCUGGCACUGGUGUGGCUAAUGUGGUUGCUACCAAUGUGGCGCAGUCAUGUCCAACAUCGCCCAGCCACUCGCCGGCCGCAAGACGUUCUCUGGGCGGUCAAAAAAUACCCGAAGACGAGGAGACACACAACCCACCCACAACAACAGCAGCCGCGACAACAACAACAACUAACAGCACAACCACGACGACCACCAACAAUAGCAAUAGCACCACCACUAAUAACACAACCACCACCACCACCGUAACGUUGUCACCACUGAUAGCGACGGCGAGCAGUUCAAAGGAGGCUGCCGAGUAUGCGGCCGCAAUCAACGACGCGAAGCGUGAGCGAGAGGCGCUACAGAAGUCGCCACCAGCUGCACGAAUGCGCAAUCCACGUGUAAACAGCGCAGGUAGUCGUCUAAUCAGCGCCACAGCAAAGGCUCGUGCUGCCGUAUCCGCCACAGUGGCAGCACAACAGGAAGAACUUGAUAAGUGUAGCGCGGGUAAUGGCUGCGGGUUUGGCGGCACCGGACAACUGCAUCGUAGUGCCAGCACUGUGAGCGGCCUAACGGUGCGGCCGUACAGCAGCCCGGCUGGUUUGCAUGCUUACACAGGCAAAGUACCUGGCUCUGUGCCAUCGUCCGUCCAUGGCUCGCGAGUGGAUCUGCGUGAUGUCGAUAAGGGUUCGGCAAUUUAUUUGGGCUGCUCUGCGCCGCGCAAUUCAACGUUAUCGCUCUCUUCACGCACCUCAUCCGGCAGUUCGGCGCCACCUUCGCCGGUGAGCACGCCGCCGGUGAGUCCGCGACACGGUGUGCGAAGGGCAGCGACUAUCGUGAAAAAGCAACAACAGCAGCAAAGGUGAAACAACUGCAAAGCCUGAUAAUGGCGCGUCGCAACGUUUAUUGCUGCAUCAAUCAAAAUAACUGCUUAAAGGGAGAGGCGGAAGCAGAUGUAGGAAAUAAAUCACUCUUAGCGUAGCGUAGUCUUGGCGGUUUUUAAAAAGCUAUACAUGCAGCUAUGCUAUCAAGACAUACAUAACUCCUUGACUUCGAAUAGGUUCCUUGAAGUGUGAAAGCAGCAUUGAAGCAUUUUUUUACUUGCUAAUAGUUCACUAAGAACUGAUGCCUGAAACAUUGUUAAUUGAAAAUGGUUAUGGCAACCAAUAGAACUCUUUUGUGCGCUUAGCUUAUACAUAGCAUAGAAUUUGCAGAAACUCAAAGCAAUUAUGAACUUAUAAAAUAAGGAAAAUGAAAAAGAAACAUUUUUUACAAUUCAUACGAAUUAACUUGUUGUUGCCUAAAUGUGUGUGCAUACGCACUUCAGACAUAUUGCAUAGGAGAAAAAGCUUAGACAUCUGUUAGAUUUUAUUGAUCAACUAGCAGAAGUAGAAUUUAGCCACCUUUUUGUAGAAAAUGAACUGGGACGGCGGAUGUUUGGGAAAUAUGGGCGUGAACCUCUUUUAUUGGAAAAAUAUGAAAAUAUGUUGAAAUACAAAAUCAUAUUAAUAAAGUAAUAACAAAAUAAACAGUUUGAAUUAAAAAAUUUAAGUAAAUAAUAACACGUAAA